GGACACUCGACUUCCUAGAUACCAACUCGUAACAUCUUUACUAUGCCUUCUCCAUACUCGCGACCCCAAGCAACCUUCCUUCUCCACCUCUCCGAGAUCAUCGAACUCUACCCAGAGGAAGAACCAUGGUGCGCAGGAUAUGCUCCAUCACAAGGCCGUCGCUGCCACGCACCGACAAAUGCUCGGAACCGAAAAACAGCCAUGUGCCUUUUAGACGAAGGGACCGAGGACCUCUAUGCGGGACGAGACAUCAACGACCUGCUCGAGGACCUGGCUCCUUACGUUCUGUGCACACGCUUCCAUAAGAAUCAGGCCCCCGAACUUGCCGCAAAAUGGAAGAGCCGAGUUCAACGAUUCUUGAGCGCCUAUGUGCCUCCUGCGACUACCCAACGAGCUGCUGGGGAACGCCGACAGACUAGCACUCCGGCAAGAUCCAGACGAAGUGUAGAGGUCGAAUAUCCCCAUCGGGGGAAAUGGCUCCCAACCCGCAUUGGAGAGCCUGAACGCCAGCGGACUACUCGAUCGGCACCAGCGGCCUCACAAGCAAGUCUCAUCAAUGAGCGCGUCACUCAAACUGCAAGCUCCACCAAUAGACUAUACGAACGCUCUACAAGCAGUGCUGCACUUCCAACGCAGGAAAUGACGAAUAGAACAAGAUCAGUAGCUUCCUACUCCCAAACAAGCCGCCAGGUUGCCUCUGCUGCGGUAUCGAACCGUAGACUAUCGAACAUACCAACAACGGCUAUUCACGCGACCUCUAGUCAUGUUCGCCCUGGUAGCGGCUCAAGCGCCGCUUUGUCCUCUCCGACAUCCCCGCGUUCCGGCGAUACUACUCGCCGACCUAUUGAAGGAGACUGCACCAUCUGUUUUGACCCCUUGAAACAGAAUGCUCUCUUUGGAGCUGGUGAUGGUACCCACCAUGGGACGGAAGACGAGGGAGAACAGCAGGAAUUAUCCUGGUGUAAAGCCCGAUGUGGAGUCAACUACCAUGCGGCCUGCAUUGAAAUGUGGUUGAAGGCCUCCCCUAAAUCUACGUGUCCGACGUGUCGGAGUGCAUGGAAGGAUUAGGACUGAAAUGUUUUUUUUCGAUUUGUACCAUGUGCGUUAAGGGCUUGGUCUGGUAAACUCAACCCAAGGACCUGUAUACCUGAUGUUGAGUACCCCGACUAGAGCGGUCGAAAGCUUGAUAGCAUCUUUCCACAGACCUAUAUAAGUGAAUAGGCUGGCAAGGAGAGUAACUAUAGAUAUAAUAUUGAUGUUUCUAUCUCCACUAGUUACAUAUAUAAAGCCUUUAACUUCUGAGAAUGCGUGAUAGGAGUUACU